AUGGCUGGCGGUGGAAAAGGAAAGACAGGUGGCAAGACAGGAGGCAAAGGCGAUGCGCAAGUCAAGACUCCCAAGUCGCACUCCGCCAAAGCCGGACUUCAAACGCGCAUCGGAGCUAAAGCCAGCAUCUAUCUGACUGCUGUGCUCGAAUACCUGACUGCCGAAGUUCUCGAGCUCGCAGGCAACGCUGCCAAGGAUCUCAAGGUCAAGCGCAUCACGCCACGCCAUCUUCAGCUUGCCAUCCGAGGUGACGAAGAACUGGACACCCUCAUCCGAGCUACCAUCGCUUUCGGAGGUGUUCUACCACACAUUAACCGUGCACUACUACUCAAGGUAGAGCAGAAGAAGAAGGGUGGUGCGGCAAAGGCUGGUGAGGUGUAG